AUGCAAUCGAUGAGGAAUGUAAAGUGGCCGUCGGGCCGGAUGGUGGCGAAAGUGGCUGUGCCGGUUGCGGCCAUGUUGGCAGCCAUGGUUAUAUACGUGCAGGCGUCGAAACUGGACGAGUACUCCAAGUUGUCGGGCUACACGCCGUCGGAAAAUGCCGGGCAGUUGACGCCAGGGCUCAACGUGGAAGACUCGGCGUACCACGAGUUCCUCGCGCCCACAGUGCCCGUGGACAAUGUUGCCGGCCUGAAAUUGUCGCCGCUGGAACUCAUUCCCAAGUUCAACAGUGACAUGGCCAACAACCGCAAGAAAUCGUGGGACGUUUUGGGUCGCAAGCACCGGUACAAGUUCUUCGACGAGCUGUCGCAGGAGGCGCGGUGUUUUUUCUAUUUCCACAAGCUCUACACCAUGACGCCAGGCUGGCGCAACGACUACCAGAAGUGGAACUUCAUUAUCAACGAUGAGGAGGAAAGCCACCUGGUGGACGUGGACGAGGGCGCUCGGGAGGCGGUCAGGACGCGCAAGCGCGAGGUGGACAUGGCGCUGGGGAUGGAGCGCCUGCGAAUGUAUGACCAGUGUUUUGUGUCCGAGGUCGCCGAGCGUAUCGACAUGGCCAAGAUUUUCGACAGUGUCCCGGACGAGGCCGCAGACCAGUGGGACUUCGAGCACCGCAUGUUCCCAAUCGUACGCAGAUUCAACCAAUCCACGUUCGAGAACAUCAUGCCUCAAAUCAUCAAUCCCAAGGGUAGAAUCAUGGAGCAAGGUUAUCUGCCCAAAAUCGAGCACGGCAAGUAUACCACGGCCGAUGCGGUGAAGUACGAGUACGAUGCUGCGCAUUCGUUUCUCUGGAACUGGAACCACAUGAGCGGGAUGGUCGCCCCCAGAGGCAUCGUUUUGAGUUUUGGAGACGGCCAGCUCUACCUCGCGGCUAAGCUAUUGGCCCAUUGGAGAUUUACCGGAAACAAGCUGCCAAUUCAAGUUGUCACGAAAGGCGAUAUUUCUCGCGACACCAUCGAUACCCUACUCAAGAUCGCACAGUCGGAUGAAUUAGUCUUCCCUGACAUUGACUACAAGGACGGGCAAAAUGUCAAACAGGACCUCUGGUUUCUGGAUGUGUCCCCGACUCUAGACCCCGGCGUCAUGGAUAGUUUCGAGCGCUUCAAAAACAAGUGGCUGGCCACUUCCUUCAAUUUAUUUGAAGAGUACGUCUUCAUCGAUGUUGAUGCAGUCAAUUACGUUGACAUGAACUAUUUUUUUGACAACACAGACUAUGUCAAGACCGGUACUCUAUUCUUUAAAGACCGUUUCUUGAACGAGGGCAUUCCAGAUCCCAAAUGUCCUGCCAAAGUGGAAACCUUAGCGCCCAGAUUUUUGGAAAGUCGCUACUUCCACCACUUUCCAUCUAUCAAUGCAGACUACGUUGAGUUUCAAUGCGAAAAUCUACUGACACCAGAGGAGAAAGGCUUCAGGGACUUUUUUUUCGACAACAAAAAGCAUCAGAUGGACUCGGGCUUAGUGGUUGUCGACAAAUCUUCUCACAGUGUGCCGCUCAUGAUAUCGCUACUGAUGCACCUCACUCCAGAGCUUGCCGGCUGCAGUCAUGGAGACAAAGAAUUCUUUUGGCUAGGCUUCUAUGUGUCCGGACACCAUUUUUCCUUCCACGCUUCCAGACCUGGUGCUACCGGUCAUUAUCAAGACCAAAGCAACGUUGACAGGCAAUUGAAGCAAAGAAAGAGCGAAGUGUGCAGCAUUACAAUCUCCCACCUCCACCCUCGCGAUGGUUUGCUGUGGGUAAAUGGUGGUACCCAAUACUGCAAGUUUGAUGUUGCUAAGAAUGACUGGGAAGACGAGGGGUUGCGCAUGUCCUCAAAGUUCGCAACAUUCGAGGAAGUACAGAAAGUUUACCAAGGAGCUGUGGAUAUGCAAGCCGGUAUCAUUCCAGCCGACAAGGGUGAUGCUUGGGGGAAACCUGACGGGCGCUGUAGAGGGUAUUACUACUGUGCCCGCUAUGAAAGACAUCUCAAACCAUACUCCUUUAAUAAAGUGUAUGAAAAGGGAAGAUUUCUCAUGUUUUCGUCCGAACAAAGGGCUAGAUACAAUGCCAUCAAUCAAGUUUGGGUUGCAGAUUAUUUACAACAGGCCUUUACUCGCAAGCCUUGA